AUGGACCAACAACAGAAAAGUUCCACACUCAGAGAAGUUCGUAUUCCUGAGGAAGAAACCAAGGGCAUCAACCAGCCACUGAGUUCUCCAACACUUGCAGCCAUGGUCUCAUCAAAGCCUUCCCAGCAAACCAUAUGGGAUGGAUCGACUUUCGAAAAAUCUCCUACUUCUAGUUUACCAGGAAGAGAUGGAGGUACGUCAUUCGCCUCAGAUGAGAGAUCUGAAGUAUCACCAUCACUCGUAUCCCAACCUCAACCCAAGACUGCGCGCGAACGGACACCCAAGCGAAAGCCGAAGCAAAAGAGAAAGCCCUUGAACUUCUGGUAAGUCAUUUCCUUCCAGUCCCUUUACCUACUUCCACUUUCCCUUCCCUCCAAGAUCCUAGAACUAACAGCCACCAACUCCAGCGGACCCCAAACCUUCACAACAAUCCUAACUGGACAACCACCUCAUCAACAAACCUUCACCUUGCACACAUCCCUCCUCACCCACACCUCCUCCUUCUUCCGACAGGCAUUCAACAACCCCUCACUCGUCGAGACCCGCACCCAAACCAUGAAACUGCCCAACCUAGACAGCACCCUCUUCAGCAUCAUAGUAAACCACCUCUACACGCGCAAGAUCCUCCCCGCCCCUCCCCUCCCUUCCAAAUCCGCAUCCCCCCCAUCCCAAGAAUCCAACACUCCAGACCAAGAAACAGAUCAAGUAUCACAAUUAACCCUGUACAAACUCCACACCAUGGCGGUCCAUCUGAAGCUCCCCGCUUUACAGAAUGAAGUCGUCAAAGAGCUUGUGAAAUACGAGUUCAAGGGAAGCCUGGAGGAUUGUAUCACGGAGUGGGAGGGAUUGGCUACGUAUGCGUUUGGGAAGGAGAUGGCGGGGAGUGUUUUGAGGGAGAAGGUGUUGGAGGAUUUGGCGGAUGUGUAUUUGUUACUUGGGAAAGAGGAGGUACGAGAGGUAUUUUUGGAGUUUUUGGCGGCGCUGCGAUGGGCGUGUUGGGGAUGUUGUUGGGACAGAAAGGUCUGGGGGGCGGGGAGAAGGGCGUGGAGAGAUUUUUGGUGACGGAGGAGAGUGAUGAUGAUUAA